CAACGUAAGUUGCAUUGAAUUACCUAAAACUUGCACCUUGAGGCACGCAUUGCGUUGACGAACAUUUGUCUGCGACCAAGAAACCUGGUAUAAAAAGGUGAACUCUCUGUGACACACUCCCCUAUCCCUCAUCAGUAAGUUUCAAAAAACGCAAAAAACCCGUGGGACCCAGUUAAAAGGACCGGGUAAGUGCCGGUAAGUGACUCUUGGUGGUAAAAAAUACCGGUCCCAGUGGUAAGUGCCGGUACAGAGCGCACCGAAGCCGAAAGUCUGUUGUGGUAAGUGCCGGUAAGUUGCCCCACGAUGACCGAGUAUCUGCCUCCCAACUUGCUGGCGCUUUUCGCUCCUCGUGAGCCGAUUCCCUUCCUACCACCGCCGGACAAGCUUCCGCAUGAGAAGAAAAACCGCGGCUACAGCGGCGUCGGCGACUUCCUCGGCCUAUUCGAAGACCCGGCAGACACACCGCUGCCGAAGAAGGUGGAAACACGCGAGGAGCGGCUGGAGCGACGGCGGCGAGAGAAGGAGGAGCAGGUGGCCUACAAACUUGAGCAGGAGAUCGCGCUGUGGGACCCGCAGAACCUGCCGACGGCCACCUCGGAUCCGUUCAAGACGCUGUUCGUGGCCCGCAUCAACUACGACACGUCCGAGUCGAAGCUGCGGCGCGAGUUUGAGGUGUACGGGCCGAUCAAGAAGAUCAUGAUGACCCACAACGUGUCGGACGGCAAGCCUCGCGGCUACGCGUUCAUAGAGUACGAGCACGAGCGCGACAUGCACACAGCGUACAAGCACGCCGACGGCAAGAAGAUCGACGGACGGCGCGUGCUGGUCGACGUGGAGCGCGCCCGUACCGUAAAGGGGUGGCUGCCGCGCCGUCUGGGUGGCGGACUCGGCGGCACGCGCCGCGGUGGUCCUGAGGUCAACCUCAAACACUCAGGCCGCGAGGACAACGAGCGAGAACGCGAGCGCUACCGCCUGGAACGCGACCGCGACCUGGCCCGCGGUGGAGGAGGCGGCGGUGCUGGAAGCGGAAACGACUGGGAACGCGGAGGCGGAGGCGGCGCCGACCGCGGCGAACGGCGCCGCUCACGCAGCCGGGAGCGGCGCCGCAGGUCCCGCAGCCGCAGUCGCGAGAGAAAGAGACACCGCUCUCGCUCGAGGGACCGACGCGGUGGCGGCGCCGGCGGUGGCGGCGGCGCCGGAGGCGACGACUUCGAGGAGAACGGCCGCAGCGCCGGACGCGACAGGAAGCGAGCUCGACGCAGCAGGUCGCGCGACCGCUCCGAGCGGAAGAAGGACAAGAAGAGGGACAGGGAACGCGGCGACCGCGAGUCGCGGAAGGAGCGUCGCGGCGGCGACAAGUACGCCGAGCCGGAUGAGCCGCGCAUCAAGGAGGAGCCGCUCGACGACUACCCCGACUACCUCGACCCAACGCCCGACUUCUCCGAAGUGGACAACUACGGCGCCGCCGCCGUCAAGUACGAGCGCAUGCUGGCCAUGAGCGAGGCCGCGGCGCAGCGUGCGACCGUCCAGAGCGACUACCAGGACAACCAGUACUGAAACAAAUCCUCUCGCAGGGUAUCCUCAGCCUCUUUGUGACUAUGUAUGGCCUGCUCCAUGUUGUUGGAGAAUUUAAAGAGAUCCGAGCCACCGUCGAACUGGAGGAGAAAACGUGGGACUUAGUGGGAAACAACCCGUCGUUCUAUUCAUUUAAUCACCGCGGUAAAACGCUGCAGCCAAAUUAUCAAAACGAGAAGCCUCCGAGCAGAUCGCCGCUCGACCUGAACAGUC